AUGAUGUCAAUUCGUGCAAUCACCUUCACUCUUCUCUUUAUUGCCUGUAUGCUUAAAAUAAGUAUGCAAGCUGAUACUGGUGAGGCCUCACCUUCGUCACCUGAAUCAGCUGCACGCUUGAGACCGAUGGUGUCAGAAACAUUUGAACAAAAGACUCUUGCUGAACACCAUAAUUCAAAUCACAAAAAACAAGAGCAUAGUGAGGAGUACACCUGUCAAAGCCAAGCUCUUCGUGCUUCUACUAAGAAGAAGCCGAGUCCAUCAACUAGUCGUCGCAAUGGGCAAGAAGAGCCAAAGAAGGAUAUCCAUCGUCCACACCACGGCAAACAAUAG